AUGGCUACCAACAUCACUUUCCACCCUGGCUCAGUCACUCAAGACGAACGAGAUCAGUUGUUGAAUCAGAAAGGAGCGACCAUCUGGUUGACUGGAUUGAGUGCAUCCGGAAAAUCUACAAUUGCUACUGCCUUGGAACAACACUUGUUACACAAGAAAUUGCACGCUUACAGAUUGGAUGGUGAUAAUAUCAGAUUCGGAUUGAACAAGGAUCUCGGAUUCGACCAAGCUUCAAGAGUAGAGAACAUCCGAAGAAUAGGCGAAGUAUCCCUUCUCUUCUCUCUCUCAUCCACAAUCGCCAUAACAGCUUUCAUCUCCCCUUACAUCUCUGAUCGAGAGCUCGCUCGAACCUUGCACGAGAACCACUCUCCAGCUAUUCCAUUCAUCGAAGUUUACGUGGAUGCCCCUUUAGAUGUUGUGGAGAAGAGAGAUCCAAAGGGUUUGUACAAGAAGGCUAGGGCUGGUGAAAUCAAAGACUUCACUGGUAUCUCUGCACCAUACGAGGCUCCCGCCAAGCCUGAAAUCCACAUCAGGACUGACCAAGUCGACGUUGCUGGCGCAGUUGAGAUCAUCGUCAAGUAUCUCGAAGAGAAAGGUUUGAUCCCUGCUUAA